GGUAGCUUGAUCUAAUCAGGUCGAUGGUAUGAUCUUGCAUUAGCCGUUCAGUUUAAACGAUGAUGGAAACAGGGAUCCACCUCACUACCCGCCUUGAUUCCAUUCCACGUUUUCUUCUUUCUGUGCUGAUCGCCGGCGUCUUAAUUUCGCUUUAAUUUUAAAAGAGAGAACAAAUUAUAUGGUUUUUUCUUUUAUUAUAAAAGGUUUUCGAAAUUACUCCCGCUGGUAGCGACAAUUUUCACAAUGGCCAAUCACUCCUCCUCUUACCCAAUCCUUCACGCUUCCUUCAAUCAAAACAACAGUGGUUUUGUAAUAAGCACCCCAGAUGGUUUCAAAAUAUUCGAUCCAAACACCGGACGACUCUGCUACGAACGAGCUGUUGGAGGUUUCAUUAUUGUUGAAAUGCUGUAUAGUUCUAGUCUUCUCGCCAUUGUUGGGGCCGGUGAACAGCCAUCUUUAUCUCCACGCCGUCUCUGUUUGUUCGAUACAAAAACCAAUGCUCCUCUCCGGGAAAUGACUUUCCUAACUUCAAUUCUUGCUGUUCGCUUAAAUAGGAAAAGACUUGUUGUGGUUUUGAAAGAAAAAACCUACAUAUAUGACUCAAACAGUCUUGCAAUAUUGGAUACUAUUGAUACUGUGCCAAAUUUAAAGGGACUUUGUGCAUUCUCCCCUAGUUUGGAUGGUUGCUUCUUGGCUCUUCCUGCCAGUACGACCAAAGGAUCUGUAUUAGUGUACAAUGUCAUGGAGCUCCAGUCACAUUGUGAGAUAGAUGCCCACCUGUCUCCUUUGGCUGCAAUUGCUUUAUCUUCCAAUGGGACAUACAUUGCAACAGCAUCUGAACAGGGAACCAUAAUCAGAGUUCAUCUGGUUUCAGAAGCAACUAAGUCAUAUAGUUUUCGGAGAGGAACAUACCCAUCAAACAUAUUUUCAUUGUCAUUUGCACCAUCAUUGCAACUUCCAGAUAUUCUUGCAGCGACAAGUUCUUCAGGUUCUGUUCACAUCUUCUCUCUGGGGUUUGAUACAAAUCAGAGGAGCAAAAAAUCAAGUAGUUUUCUUGGAUCAAUCUUACCUGAUUCUGUGAAUGAUGCACUAGAUCCAGCUAACCAUCAUGUGCUUCACAAUGCUGUUUCUGCAGGAGUCAGAAGAGCCGUCAUAUCCUUGAUAACGUACAACGGCUACUUUCAGGAAUAUACCUUGAGUAUCAACAACCAGAACGAGUCUUCAUGGAGCCUGGAGCGCGAAUUCAACCUUCUGUCAUUUCAUGAUCGAAAUCUUGCAGCGCGGCACCUCUGAUCUCCAGUCCUUGUUGUAGGUAUACACUGUUGCUACUUGCUGAUACAUUUGAAAAUGAAAGGAGACGUAAUGUUGUAAUCAUGUAAUGCAUAUCUUGAGCAGUGUUAAAUUAUUACACUUGCACAGAAAGAUGAAGACCUCAGGAAAUCGGAAGGAUUAAUGUAUAUAAAUGUAAAUAAAUCAACAGCUUACAAUAUUUUGUUAAUAUUGCCACUACAGGAAUGUGAUGUAAAGGUAAGCAAGCUCUCAGACAAUGGCUGAAGGAGAUAAUAAAAGGUUGGUAUAAUUAUACUCUAAACUCCAAUUAACUUAAAAUUGUUAACUUAAAGCAAUAAUUAAAGGAUUAUCUGCCUAAUUUUUAUGCAAUAAUUAAUCAAAUUUUUCAUGAAACAUUUUGGAGUAGAAUAUUCAGUGAUACCAUAACUUCAUUCAACAUACUAUAUAUAAUUACUGAUCAUCUCAUAUUUAGCAGGGUAGGAAGAGUACUAUGGGCCUGCAUUCCAUACAUCUAAUCAUGAUUAUUUAAUUAAUUAAUUUAAAAUUAUUAAACAAUAAAGAAAUAAUUAAUUUAUGAGUUAUGAUCAAAACAAUAUUGCUCUUAGUAAAAUUUAUUGUUUUACGAACUUCUAGAACUUUCAAAAUUUUGUGUUUUAUUGAUAGUAUAUGAUAUGAUUCGAAUUGGUUGUUAAACUAUAGGCAAAUACAAUCAAAGUAAAAAUAUUUUUUUGUAACAAAUAAUUUAGGUCAUUCGCUCGCUUUCCGGAUAGGAAGAUAUUUAUAGAUCUCUUCACAUUUGUCAUUUAUCAAAAUAAAUAGUAUUUUUUUUUCUUGAACUUCCAAAUUGGAGCCUUCAAAUCCAAACUUUGAAGCGUUCUCCUGGAAAUUAAAAAAGAAAAAUUUCAUUAGUCUAGAUCUUAAGCUUUGUAAUUUCUUUGAUUCAAAAUAUAAAAUCAUGAGUUUAUCUUAUGAUGAUUUU